GUUUAUUAGCAGUUACUUUAUACGGUUUAAUGCAGUAAGAGUUGAAGGUAGAUUUUACUAGCUAUACGACACUUGUAGCGCAAUUCGAGUAGGCUAAGACGGAAGACAGAACAGAACGACCGAAGAACAGGUUAAGUUGCUUUGACGUCAAUCUUACAGUCAAAAUCACAGAAGAUAAUGGCAUCAGACGCUGCCAAUGAACACGAGGAAGACGACACACAAUCUAAUAUAAUCUACUGCACGUUUUGCAAACAACGAUUCCGGAAUCCAAGAACGCUACCUUGUCUACAUACAUUCUGUCGGAAGUGUUUACGUUACUAUCUGGACGAUUUGGACGGCUCGGAACCAGUCUGCACUAUAUGCGGCGCUGUUUUCUCUGGUUCAGAUAAAGCCAUUGAAGGCUCAAAAAAAGAUAUUCUCAUUCAACGUCUUCUUGAGUGCGACAGAGAUCAGCUGGAGAAUCAGUCAUGUUCUCUAUGUAGCAGUGAUGCGACAGAGAAAUGUUUUCAUUGUAACCAUUGCUUGUGUGAGCGCGAUGCAGAGCACCAUAGUAAGAUACCUUUAAUGGCAAACCAUACAGUGGUGAGUCUGAAAGAAUACCGACGCAUGUCAGCAUUGGAACGACUGUCUCUCCAUCCGACAAAGUGCUCAGUGCACGAGGACUAUAUUGUGGAGUACUUUUGUUCCACCUGUGAUGCACCUGUGUGUAUAAAGUGUACUUUGGAUGACCAUGAUCGUACGGAUCAUAAUUUGCACACCAUGAAUGAAGUAAUUGAGACAGACAAGAAAGAGCUUAGUGAAGAACAAUCGUUUGUUUCUACACAAUACGAUAAACUUACCAAUGCUGAGAAGAAAGUUUUAGAAACUAGAGACACACUUGUAGAAGCGAAGACGGAGGCAAUGAAGACGAUAGAAAAGCGAUCAAAUGAUCUAAGAAAACAAAUUGACGAGUUUCAGAAAGAAUUAGCUGACGAGAUAACUGAGAAAUACAACUCAAAAGUUGAUGUUCUUGACAAACAACUGGAUGACAUGGAUCGUCGUAUGAAUGAGCUGGACAAGGCAUCGUCAUACAUCGACGCAUUGCUGCAAUGCAAUAAUCCAGAGGUGUUCCUGUCUGCCAGUAAAAAAUGGUACGAACAAUUCAAAGAGAAGAAACCAGAUUACAAAGACGUUGAACUUGAGCCGGCUGAGAACGCGUACCUACGAGUCGAGGUUGAUGAGAAGCCUAUAGACGAGGUUGUCAACUCAGAAAUUAUCUGCACUGUCUUCUGCACAUCUGCAUCCGCAUGCCAUUCCCAACUCAACGGCUGUCCAGAGGAAGCAGAAAUCGGAUCAGAGGUCAAGUUCAGUAUAAUAAUUAAAGAUAAAGAGGACUCAAAAGUCGCUCUCAGUGGAACCUCACCAAAUGUGGAGGUAAUGAAUCCCAAUGACCAUAAGACAGCUCUGAAGGGAGAAACAUCCUCAGAAAGUAAGUUCAAGUACGAGUGGUGUCCAUCGUCUCUUGGUAAGCACACACUAGUCGCUCAAGUUUUUGAUGUUGACGUGAAAGGCUCACCGAUGGUUAUAAAUGUGGUCCCAAAGAAUAGCAAGGAUCAGCAACAGCAGAAAAACAACAGCGCCCGCUCACAGAAGAAACCGGGAUCGGGGACAAAGUCAUCGAAAUCUAAGCAACCUGAACCACGAAAAGCAUCAUGGAAAAAGUAAUUGUAAAACUGAAAGGAGAGGGAAAUUUUAAUCAAACUUAGGUCUGAGAGUGCCAUUUCUAGAUCUAGAUUAAUCUAGAAGUGCCAUAAUCAUACAUGUUCUUACCUCAGCCCCAACAACGGCCUAACUCUCAUCAGUGUCAAAAAUCCCCUCUCUGGGACCCUCUAUUUCGAAUUACUGGACACUGUGAACCGAGAAAUAUUGUUUUCAAGAGCCAAUCCCCGUGACUGCUUUGGAUAUACGUAUAGAUUAUUUUGUUAUGUAAGUUUAUGUAUUUUACGCACAAAACAUGCAAAAUGUUUUGUAUAGACGCUUUUGUUCACUUUUAUAUAUAGCCAGUAUUAUAUAUAUAUUUUUAGUUGAAAUGAUUGUUUUCUAAAUUUAGAAUUCGCUUUUUGUCGAUGUUUUAUUUUAUUGGUAUCGAAAGAAGUACUUUAUUGAGUAAUCAAUAAUUCCAGUAAAGUUAAUCAUCGGCCGCAAACUCUAAUCUCCUAAUUACAGACGCAUUGACAUAACUAUCGAUCCAAUGAUCCAAGCCACUUACUGGAUAACGACGAAUGAAGAUUGUUAUUAUACGUAAUACGAGAAAGGGAAGGGGAGUUGUUAACAGUUAUCGUCAAUAAGAUGAAUCGAUAGAAAUUGGGGCAGAUGCAGGGGGGUGAGGGUGCAGAGGGUACGAUCGCACUCCCCCCCCCCCUUAAAUUUUAUUAAGAAAAAUAAUUGUUGUAUUAUAUUGUUGAUAUGAAUUAUUGGUAAGAUUUUCAAGGUACAUGAGAGUGCAAUUUCCGGGCACCCAGAGGUCCAUAUUCUCAACUUUUUCGCACCUCAGCUCUAACCAUGUUGGGACUGAGGUGGUGGACUCUCACGCAAACAUGGGCGCAGAUCAUGGGGGAAGGGGUUAACGUCCAGGGGUAGCACAAGGAUUUGCCCGAUGGUUGGUCCCAGGUCCCGAGGGGGAGCCGAUGUCUCCGACGAGGGGAAACAUUUCCCCGACGAGAACAAAGUGGGUGUGGUCAAACGUCAUUUUAAAGGACUCGAAAGUGAUCUAGGGGCGAAGCCCCCGAAACUUCGACAAUUUAGGUGUUUCAAAUGCUUAUUCAAUCGAUUUAGAGUCUACUAAUAUGUACAAAAUACUUACAAUU